AUGAAGUCCACCAUAUGGCUGGGUAGUGCUCUAGCAUCCCUGUCAUCGGCAGCAACAGUCUACACAGGCGAUCGAUUCCAAGGCUACCCCGUCAUAUCCUCUCUCGACAUCACCGAUUGUCCCAGCAACACCAUCUCUCGCUUCUGGCYGUCUCCCGCAGCAGGACAAGGAGGCCUUCCUUAUUUCCUCCCAAUGUUCGUAGCCAGAGGUACCGAAGACUCCCUCGAAACAGGACGAAAACUCUCACUCUCCGCCUCAAUUCAUGGAGACGAACUCAAUCCGGUGGCGAUUGUUCAAAGCAUCUUCAGACAGUUGAAUGAAACCGUCUCAUCGGGAACCUUCAACGGAACAGUAAUCGGUCUACCAACUCAAAAUCCCCAAGGAAACCUCCUCAACCAACGCAACUUUUUCACCUCGUCCUCCAACGGCUUCUUCGUCGACCUGAACCGCAACUUCCCGGGUCAAAACAUCUCUUCGGGGGGCAGUCUCAUCGAAUCCUACACGUCUUCAAUCUGGAACAACAUCUGGGGUAAUACCUCCAAUGUAGACAUUGCCGUAGACUUCCACACCCUCUCCACGGGCUCUGCGGGACCUCUUUGGUGUUAUGCAGAUUAUGCAUUCCCAUAUGUUCAACGCAUGGCAGAAUUGCUCCAACCGGAUAUGAUCAAGAUUGACCCUGGUGAGCCGGGAUCGAUUGAGACGACGUGGAUACGAUCGGGCGUUCCGGCGAUUACUGUUGAGACUGGACCGGCGAAUAUCUGGAAUAAGACUCUGAUUGACCGCACUGUGGAUUUCGCUUUGAGAUUGAUGGAUGAUUUGAAGAUGACGGAUGGAAAAGCAAAGGAGGUGGAUCUUAGCGAGACAUUCAUCGCAACCAAUUUCUCGAGUGCAUCUACUACAUUCAGCGGAUGGGUGGAGACGGACGUGCAAGUUUUGGAGGAUGUGGAAAAAGGGCAGGUUCUUGGCAGAGUGUACAGCUCUUGGGGAGACGAAUUGGAGGAGUUGAAAGCGGAUGUUGCUGGGAGAGUUCUAACUGUCCUGGUGGAUCCUGCGGUCGAGGCGGGGUCUGGGGUGGUGAUGAUUGGGUAUAACGCUACAGAGGUGUAG